UUGCCAAAAAGUAAAGGUCACUUGCCCAAAUUGUAAGAAAAAGAUGCUUCGAGAAAAAUUGAAUUCUGGUCACGAGAAGGAAUGUCCGAAAGCAAACAUUUUUUGUGAAUAUCGAAAUAUUGGAUGCAAGUGGUCGGGUCAAAGACAUCAAGUGCAACACCAUCUAAACAGUGACAUGAAGGAGCAUUUAUCUCUGAUGAAUGUUGCCUUGGCUAGUUUAUUGUCUGCAAAUGGCCGCGAAAGGAAUCGACCAGCCUCUAGAACAGAAGCCAGUACGAGUGCUGGCGCGAGCAGCAGCAAUGCUGCAGAUACGGUCGACAGAAACUUGGAGGAGUUCAGCCGCCCUGUCAAAAGAAAUAACGAUGAAAUUAACGCGUUGAUGUUGAGAACUGAACAAAUUGAACGAUCUUUUCGAGAUCUUACCGCACGUGUUGACAGACAGCAUAGAGAAAAUGAAGCAGGUUUGACUAGUGUUAAGAACACGAUAGUUGAUUUGGAAGCACGGAUGUGUAAUGGCGUCUAUCUUUGGAGGAUCACGAACUACCCUCGCCAUCGGGAAAAUGCAAGAGAAAACGUUGUGACAGCUUUACACAGUCCUCCUUUUUACACCAGCUUCUAUGGAUACAAAUUGUGCUUGAGAAUCAACCCAAAUGGAGUAGAUACUGGCUAUGGUUCUCACGUGUCUUUGUUUGUUCACAUGAUGCAAACUGAGUGGGAUGAUACGCUUGAAUGGCCUUUCUCAGGACGAAUUUCUUUAUCCAUUCUCGACCAAAGCGAUGACGGUGAUUAUAAACGUCACAUAAGUGAGACAUUAGUCACAAGACCAAACCUACUAGCAUUUCAGCGACCAACAACGCCUCGCAAUCACAAGGGUUAUGGUUAUGUUGAGUUUGCUCAGGCCGAAACGCUACAAGACCGACAGUACCUAAAAAAUGACUGUCUUUUGAUUCGUGUCCAAGUAUUUCAAUAAUCAGUAUGUUGUAUUACUGAUAGAAUGUGGUGUGUAUGUGAUGUAUUAUUAUGAAACAUUUAACUCUAAAAAGUCUGGUCUUUAUUUGCGACAUAAUCGCCAGUGAGGACUGGCUUUAAAUGAAAGCAGAUCGUGACAUAAAUCUUGCGUGGAACUUUGCAUUUAUAUUUUGCACUCAUGUAUUAGUUUUAGUAAAUUCAAUAAUAACCAUUUUUAAAGUGAGAAUAUUCAAAAAAUUAACUGCUAUUUGGAAGCUGCAUUUGCCAAAUUUCCUGAAAUUUCAUAAGCUUGAAACGCGUGCCACAGUCAUUCCUAUUGCAUCAUUUUUUUUGACAAGCUUUUUUAAAAAUUACUUUCUGUUGCAUAGUUCUCACUCUAAAAAACGGUUAUUAUUCACGACAAAUUAACCAUUAAAAGAACGAGGGGGAA